AUGGUGUCGGGAGCGGGCGUCGGGGGAGGAGUAGGGGGAGCGGGAGUUCCGCCGACCGCAAGCGCGCUCGGUCGUCCCGGGAUCGGCUCUGUUCCGAGCAGCAGCGCGAGCGGAGCGGGUACGAGCAGGGUAUGGGGGGGUAAAGUAGCGCCUUACUCGGCACGAGCGCAGGAGCAGGAGCAGCGUGAGCAGCGGGAGGUGCGGGAGGUGCGGAAUCAGCAGCGACAGCGGGAGACGCGGCAGCGCAGCGACGGCAGCGCGCACGUGGGGAGCUCCCCUACGCGGACCAGCAGCAGCAGCGGCGGCGGCGGCGGCGGCGGCGGCGGCAACAGCGGCCUCAGCGGCGGAAGCAGCAGUAGGGGCAGGGGCAGCAGCGAGCGCAGCUCCGGAAUCGGGUCAGGCGGAACAGAGGCGUUCGGAACUCCGCCCGAAUCCCCGUCGGGGUCCGACAGUUACCAGCACAGGCCCAAGCGGCAGUUCGCGGGGAGAAGCGCUGAGCGGGAGGGGGAGUCGCCGGGGGAGAGGGGGCUGUCCGCGCAGGGAGGGGGUCGGGAGGGUGCGCGCAGUGGCUUCGCGAUCGGAGGGGAGCGGCCAGUCACGUCGAGGCAGCUGUUCGGGGGGAAGGGGGAGGCGGAAGGGGAGGGGGAGGGGCUGCGGCGGCGGAAGCAGGCUGGCGCGGGCGCGGGGGGAGUCGGGGCUGCAGGCGCGGGGGGUCGAGGUGAAGUGGGUGGUGCUGGGAGCAAGGGGCGAGAGGGGUUGGCCGAGGGACAAGCGGCAGGAGAAGGCAGGGGAGUGGGGCAGGUUGUGAAUGAGAGUGGUUCGGCGCGGUGGCGUGGGGUGCAAGGUGGAGAGAGAGGAGUAGGCACAGCAGCCUGGGCAACGGCGCCUCCCCCUGUGUUAG